AUGGGCUCCAACCUGCCAGCGCAACCGAAUCUUAGGGUCACCAUCAUUGCUGCCGAUGGUUUAUACAAACGCGAUGUCUUCCGGUUCCCGGAUCCCUUUGCGGUUGCAACCGUUGGCGGUGAACAGACCCAUACUACGUCCGUCAUAAAGAAGACCCUGAACCCAUACUGGAAUGAGAUGUUUGACCUGAAAGUCACGGAGGAUAGCAUACUCGCGAUACAGAUCUUCGACCAGAAAAAGUUCAAGAAAAAGGACCAAGGGUUCUUGGGAGUGAUCAACAUCCAGAUGCUUACCCGAGAUCUAAAGAAGUCAAACGACAAUCUUGUGGUUCAUGGUAAGCUGAUACUUAACCUUUCUACAAACCUCUCCACGCCCGUUCCGACGACGCAAAACGGAGCUACACGGCCGAUCAACAACAGCAGCACUUCUACCUCACCUGCCCCCGCUGCUCAAAUCUCGCCAUCGGUUCCAACACCGCUGUCUGCCCCGCGGCCCAGCUCCACCGCUUUAGAGCCUCCGGUCAGCAGCUCUAGUUCUCAUUUAACACCUUCACAUCCUCCCCCAACGUCCACAGCCAUGGCGCCCGUUAACGGUUCACCUCAACAACCCACGGUACCGGCUCGAGGAGGCAAUAUAAGCAGCUCAUUUGAGGACAGCCAAGGUAGGCUGCCUACCGGCUGGGAGCGACGAGAGGAUAACCUAGGCCGAACCUACUAUGUGGAUCACAACACCCGUACGACCACCUGGAAUCGACCCUCGCAGAAUUACAAUGAGCAGACACAACGGACUCAAAUGGAAGCCAAUAUGCAGAUGGAACGUCGGGCCCAUCGGAGUCGAAUGCUUCCAGAGGAUCGCACUGGCGCAAACUCGCCCGACUCGCAACAAGCUCAGACUCCGCCUACCACCGCCCCAACUGCGAGUGCCGUCUCCAUGAUGGCUAGUAAUACCACUACUCCUGGAACUGGCGAACUUCCUCCUGGGUGGGAACAACGCUUCACUCCAGAAGGCCGCCCGUAUUACGUUGAUCACAAUACACGAACCACGACAUGGGUAGACCCACGCCAGCAACAAUAUAUUCAGAUGUAUGGUCCCGAAACGGGUAGCCAGCUCACGGCGCAGACUGUCAAUCACCUCGGCGCAUUACCGAGUGGCUGGGAAAUGCGCUUAACAAACACUGCCCGAGUAUACUUUGUGGACCACAAUACCAAAACUACUACAUGGGACGAUCCUCGGCUACCGUCAUCUCUCGACCAAGGCGUGCCACAAUACAAGCGUGACUUCCGACGCAAACUGAUAUAUUUCAGGUCUCAACCUGGUCUAAGGAUAAUGUCAGGCCAAUGCCAUGUCAAAGUCCGACGUGGCGCUAUAUUUGAGGAUUCUUUUGCCGAAAUAAUGAGACAAAGCCCCGCUGACCUAAAGAAACGUUUAAUGAUCAAAUUCGACGGAGAGGAUGGUUUAGAUUAUGGAGGCCUCUCAAGAGAAUUCUUCUUCUUACUUUCCCAUGAAAUGUUCAAUCCGUUCUAUUGUUUGUUUGAAUAUUCCGCUCAUGAUAAUUAUACCCUUCAGAUAAAUCCCCAUUCCGGAAUUAACCCUGAACAUUUGAAUUACUUCAAGUUCAUCGGCCGUGUGGUUGGACUUGCGAUUUUCCAUCGUCGCUUCUUGGACUCAUUCUUCAUUGGGGCUUUCUACAAAAUGAUGCUAAGAAAGAAAGUAACUUUGCAAGAUAUGGAAGGUGUUGAUGAGGAUUUCCAUCGAAAUCUGACGUGGACCCUGGAGAAUGAUAUCGAGGGUAUCAUUGAACUUACCUUUUCCAUUGAUGACGAACAAUUUGGCGAGCGCAGGUCAAUAGAUUUGAUUCCUAACGGAAGAAACAUCCCGGUCACAAAUGAAAAUAAAAAGCAAUACGUGGAAUUAGUGACUGAAUGGAAGAUUCAAAAGAGGGUGGAAGAGCAGUUUAAUUCUUUUAUUGCUGGAUUCAACGAACUUAUACCUGCUGACCUUGUCAACGUCUUCGAUGAACGCGAGCUUGAGCUUCUCAUCGGAGGUAUUGCCGAUAUCCAUAUUGACGACUGGAAGAAACACACCGAUUACCGUGGCUACCAGGAAGAUGAUGAAGUAAUUCAGAACUUCUGGAAGGUCAUAAGGGGCUGGGAUGCGGAACAGAAAUCCCGAUUGUUGCAGUUCGCAACUGGAACAUCGCGUAUCCCUGUCAAUGGUUUUAAAGACCUGCAAGGAAGCGACGGACCGAGGAGGUUCACAAUUGAGAAAUCAGGGGAUAUCAAUGCGUUACCGAAAUCCCAUACUUGCUUCAACCGACUUGACCUUCCCCCAUAUAAAUCGUAUGAAGCUUUACAGAACAAGCUCACCAUUGCUGUUGAAGAGACCCUCGGUUUCGGUCAAGAAUAA